AUGGUCGCCGCCCAGGACAGUGGCGGCAUCUUGGUCCGCGCUGGGCGUGACCUGAAGAGCCCCGCCUCAGAGGAGCGCUUGGCGAAGGACUCGGAGAUUCAGCAGCUGGAACUGCUGGGCGACCGCUUGCGCUACCGAUUGCAGUCAGGAGCUGGGCCACAGGAGGGAUGGAUCAGCGUGCGUAUCUCUGGAAAGGACCUGGCCAUUCGCCUCAAUGGUCUCAAUGGUCAACCUGGAUCUACACCGACCUGGAUCGAGGAGUCCAGGGCGAAGAUGCUGGCCUUCCGUGAGCAACGGCCGAUGCUUCCGGCGGAGAUCGUUCCGCUUCUUCCUGGGCGACUUCAGGGGACGAAUCCCCGAGACAAAUUGCCACCCUUCAAGCGCCUGAACCACAAGGAGAUGCAGGAGAUGUCGAUGAAGAAUCUGCCAGGUCACUUCUCUGGCAUGAAGUUUCCACACACCGCAGAGCAGCUCAAAUCCUUUGGGCCCAGUUGGUACACGGAUGCGUUCCACAAGUUUGGUACCUUGCCCAAGGACAACCACGUCACCAAGGUGCGAAGUGUGCAGCAGCUGCCACACAGCGGCUUCGACGCCGCGGGCGGUGCAGGACAUAAGGCAUUCAUCGAGUUGGAAUACGCCAAGCCGGAUCCAAAUUUACACACCCAGCUCUUUGCAAAGUAUCCUUGGGACUACUUUGAGUCUGAGACGGGCAAAACAUAUCGUAUGCAGAUCUCAACGUAUGGAGAUAUGGACUCAGCUGAGUUGCUAACGUCCAUUUGCUGUGAACACUUGUUUCCCUUCCGAAUCCCGAAGCUCUACUUUGCAGACAUCAACCGAGACACCACCAACUAUGUCCUGAUUGUCGAACGGAUCCCAUUUGGAAAGCGUGGAAAGAUUGUGAAUGGCAAGGUUGAGAAACUUCCUCGUAAGUCCUAUGAGAUUCUCCCAGUCUGUGGGAAGUACCAGGACUACCUCUUGGAGGACGCCCCCAGUGUCUACUACGCUCUCUUUCGCGAGAUGGCACACUUGGCCGCGUGUGACCAUCAAGGACGUUAUGACUCCUUUUUCGGGCCCAUGCAAAAGUAUACAGAGCAAGAGUUUCUGGAGACCAAGAUCAAGACGCGAAAGAAACUGAAACCGAAGCGUAAGGAAGUGUUGCAGAAUGGGUGCUCCACGAUGCUUGAGAAAGGCAUCGACUUUGCGGUCAACGUGGCCCCGCAGAUUUUCACAGCAGCUGGGAAGGAUGUAAACAAGCUAAAGAAGAUGAAGGAAGAAAUCACCUCGAUGGCUCCAUUCUUCGAUGAUAUCCGGCAGUUUUUGGCCAACAGCAGUGACUUUGUGGGUGCGAUGCACAUGAACUUGCAAGCGGACAAUGCUUACCUUUGGUACGACGAUGAGGGUGAUCUCGACGUGGGCAUUUUUGAUUGGUGCGGAUUCGCGCGGAGUCCUUUCGUGAUGAACUUCAUGGGAUGUCUCUCUGGGGCUGACGCGGAUUUGCUCGAUGCUCAUGAGGAAGGCUUGAUGAGAAUGUUUUGCGAUGAAUAUGCCAGGUAUGGAGGUCCCAAAAUCAAAGUGGAGGAUCUGCUGCUGCGAUAUCAUUUGCAGUGGCCCUCCUUUGCUAUGGAUGCGUGUCAGUGGGUGGAGCGUGAUAUCUAUCGCGAAUGUCCCAAGGAGGAGUGGCACUCCAUCACGUCGAUGUUGGAUGAUAAAUUUGUGAACCUUUGGAACGUGAGAUGUCGGGGAACGACCCUGGUGAAUGCGUUAGAAUAUUACAAUCGGCGUCCAUUCUUCCAGAUUUUUGAGGAAUGGUGCCGUGGUGCCGUGGCAGCCACAGAAGUCGACGACCUGGAAGGUGCCCCGGUGGCAUCGCCCGACGCACCCGAUGAGCUGCAUUUCCACGUGGAGGAGCUGCCGCCCUCCGUGACAUAUCAGUUCAGACUCUUUGCCCGGCUCGAUUUCCAUCCAGCUUCAGGUCACGAAGGUGAAUGGUCUUUGCCGCUGGUGAGUGCCUGGCAUCGGACGGCCGAAGCAGUACCACCGCCUCCCGCGCCAGAAGAAGCAGUGGCGCCUGAUCCACCGCCUCCGGAGAUGUUGGACGAUGGCACGGUGCUGCUUGGCUUUCCACAGCUGCCUGGCCGUGGGGAAGACGCAGCGCGCCCAGCACCCUUCCAACUGCAGUUCCGUGGUGCGUUGGAUCCCAGCACUGCAGAUUGGCAGCUGGUGCAGUCCAGACCUUUAGAUGAAGAGCCCACGAAGAUCCUGGUGAUGGACCCACGACUGCGUCGCUAUGCUGAAGAUGGCGUCAUCUUUCGCCUUUGGCGUCCACAGCUGCGAUUCGGUGACGCGCACCGAGUGGAGGAUGAUGCUCGAGUGCGACAUUACACAAGUUUGGCUUCAGUGCUAUCAACGGCCAUUCGUUCCUGUUCGGCACAGUUUGAUGAAUGGCCCAAGGCAACCUUGGUCUUCCAAGCAUCGGCAGAUCUGCACGAGGAGGAGCCGCCUCCAACAGCUAUGCUGCGCUUAGACUGGAAGGUGCAUGUGCCCAGCAAUGCGGGCUUGAUGCCUGUGAGGCUGCACCAGGUGCGCUUCAGGCGCGUGAAGCCUCCUGGAAAGGAUGACACGUGGCAAGAGCUUCCUCCAUUCGAACACUACGUUGCACUCCAUUCGAGCGCGGAAGUUCGACGGGAAAUUCCCUUGGUUGGCCCCAACUUCCUAAUGGGUGCAGACUACCAGGUCUCCGUCCGCAUGGGCACCAGCUUGCGCUGGGGCGAUUGGUCGCCGCCGGAGCCAGUGAGCCUGGCGAUGCACCCGCCACAGCCUGCAGUGGAGGGCUUCCUCCAACUGGACGAUGUCUUGCUGCCCGAUGGUGCGACCUUCUUCCGCCUGACUUGGCCAGCCUUUGACACGCGGCUCGGUGUGUUGAAAACGGGCCACAAACGCGGAGACCUGGGAGGGACCCUGGGACAUGUUUGA